CCGUCUAUAAGUAUGGGAGGUCUGAGCGGAGGCUCGCGAGCUCGGAUGUGUGUUCCGGAGGAGUGACACGUGCUGCCGAUGAAAAAAUAAAAAUACCAGAAAACAUCCCAGAAGCACCAGAACCGGACCGCGACUCUGUUCUAGACCGUUUUUACUGAGGUGGACUUCAGCUUCUGUGGUUCUACUGAAGCGGGCAGAACCGACCGGCGGCCAUGGGACGAGGAGAAGGACGAGAGCAGUAUGAGCUGGCUGCCACUUCGGAGCAGGGAGGCAAGAAGAAGGGGAAGGGCAAGAAGAAAGAGAAGGACAUGGAUGAACUGAAGAAAGAAGUGGACAUGGAUGAUCACAAGCUGACCCUGGAUGAGCUCAAUCGCAAAUAUGGAACCGACCUCAGCAACGGUUUGACCAGUGCGAAGGCUGCUGAGAUUCUGGCCCGUGAUGGACCCAACGCCCUCACUCCUCCUCCCACCACCCCAGAGUGGGUCAAAUUCUGCAAACAGAUGUUUGGUGGUUUCUCCAUGCUUCUGUGGACCGGUGCCAUCCUCUGUUUCCUGGCUUAUGGUAUUCAGGCUGCAAUGGAGGACGAGCCAGCCAACGAUAAUCUGUACCUGGGUGUCGUGCUUUCUGCUGUGGUCAUCAUCACUGGCUGCUUCUCCUACUACCAAGAGGCCAAGAGCUCCAAGAUCAUGGACUCAUUCAAGAACCUGGUCCCACAGCAAGCCCUGGUGGUCCGUGACGGUGAGAAGAAGAGCAUCAACGCUGAGGAGGUGGUGGUUGGGGAUCUAGUGGAGGUGAAAGGUGGAGACAGGAUCCCUGCUGAUCUGAGGAUCAUCUCUGCUCACGGCUGCAAGGUGGACAACUCCUCCCUGACCGGUGAAUCCGAGCCCCAGACGCGUACUCCUGACUUCUCCAAUGAGAACCCACUGGAGACCAGGAACAUUGCUUUCUUCUCCACCAACUGCGUUGAAGGAACUGCACGAGGUAUCGUGAUCAGCACCGGCGAUCGUACUGUCAUGGGUCGUAUCGCCACACUCGCCUCUGGACUCGAGGUCGGACGUACCCCCAUCUCCAUCGAGAUCGAACACUUCAUCCACAUCAUCACCGGCGUGGCUGUCUUCCUGGGCGUUUCCUUCUUCAUCCUGUCCCUGAUCCUCGGGUACACCUGGCUGGAGGCCGUCAUCUUCCUCAUCGGUAUCAUCGUCGCCAACGUGCCAGAAGGUCUCCUGGCUACUGUCACUGUGUGUCUGACCCUGACUGCUAAGCGUAUGGCCAAGAAGAACUGCCUGGUGAAGAACCUGGAAGCUGUCGAGACUCUGGGCUCCACCUCCACCAUCUGCUCAGACAAGACCGGCACCCUGACCCAGAACAGGAUGACUGUGGCCCACAUGUGGUUCGACAACCAGAUCCACGAGGCCGACACCACUGAGAACCAGAGCGGUACCUCCUUUGACCGGAGCUCGGCCACCUGGGCUGCUCUGGCUAGAAUCGCCGGACUGUGCAACCGAGCCGUGUUCCUGGCGGAGCAGAGCAACAUUCCCAUUCUGAAGAGAGAUGUGGCCGGUGACGCCUCUGAGUCGGCUCUGCUCAAAUGUAUUGAGCUGUGCUGCGGAUCGGUCCAGGAAAUGAGAGACAAAACCCCCAAAAUUGCUGAAAUCCCAUUCAACUCCACCAACAAGUACCAGGUAUGGAAACUGAGGUUUACAAAAUGGAACAAAUAUUCUAAUGGUACUGAUUUUUAUAUUGAUUCCAGGCGCCGCCACAGGAAGACCAAUCAUCACAGCUGCUUUUUGAAAAUAGUUUGGAAAUGUUAUGUGCUUACUAAAAUACUAAGGGUCAGCUUAUCUGACAUCCAUCCAUCCAUCAUCCAUCCCAUCACCGCCAAGGCUAUCGCUAAGGGUGUGGGUAUCAUCUCUGAGGGCAACGAGACUGUUGAGGACAUCGCUGCGCGCCUGAACAUUCCAAUCAAUGAAGUCAAUCCAAGAGAUGCCAAGGCCUGCGUGGUGCACGGCGGCGACCUGAAGGAUCUGAGCGCAGAGCAGCUCGAUGACAUCCUGAAGCACCACACCGAGAUCGUUUUUGCCAGAACCUCCCCACAGCAGAAGCUGAUCAUCGUGGAGGGCUGCCAGAGACAGGGAGCCAUCGUGGCCGUGACAGGUGACGGCGUGAACGACUCUCCUGCUCUGAAGAAGGCCGACAUCGGCGUUGCCAUGGGGAUCGCUGGAUCCGACGUCUCCAAGCAGGCCGCUGACAUGAUCCUGCUGGACGACAACUUUGCCUCCAUCGUGACUGGAGUGGAAGAAGGUCGCCUGAUCUUUGACAACCUGAAGAAGUCCAUUGCCUACACUCUGACCAGUAACAUCCCUGAGAUUACACCCUUCCUCCUCUUCAUCUGCGCCAGCAUCCCGCUGCCCCUGGGAACCGUCACCAUCCUGUGCAUCGAUCUGGGAACCGACAUGGUCCCUGCCAUCUCUCUGGCUUACGAAGCAGCUGAGAGCGACAUCAUGAAGAGACAGCCCAGAAACCCCAAAACAGACAAACUGGUGAACGAGAGGCUCAUCAGCAUCGCCUACGGACAAAUCGGUAUGAUCCAGGCGUUAGCAGGUUUCUUCACCUACUUUGUGAUCUUGGCUGAAAACGGCUUCCUUCCUUCCACCCUGGUGGGCAUCAGAGUGUCCUGGGACAACAAGUACAUCAAUGACCUGGAGGACAGCUAUGGACAGCAGUGGACUUACGAGCAGAGAAAGAUCGUGGAGUUCACCUGCCACACAGCCUUCUUCGUCAGCAUCGUGAUCGUGCAGUGGGCCGAUCUGAUCAUCUGUAAGACCAGGAGGAACUCCGUCUUCCAGCAGGGCAUGAAGAACAAAAUCCUGAUCUUCGGGCUGUUUGAAGAGACCGCUCUGGCCGCCUUCCUGUCCUACUGCCCCGGCAUGGACGUGGCCCUCAGAAUGUACCCUCUCAAGCCCAACUGGUGGUUCUGCGCCUUCCCCUACUCCCUGCUCAUCUUCAUCUAUGAUGAAAUCCGUAAGCUGAUCCUCAGACGCAGCCCAGGAGGCUGGGUGGAGCGGGAGACCUACUAUUAAAGACCCGUCAGUCCAGUCAGCUCGCAUCUUCUCCUCCACUCUGUCUUUGCAUGAAUAUUGUCUUGCUGCUCGGAAUAAAAUUUUAACCUCUGUGAUGAACAAAAAAAGAAAUUGAUACAUGUUUUUAUAUUAGGGAAUGCUUGAUACUACUAUUAGACAAAUUUGAGAUGAUUAUUGAGAUGGAACGUGCUGAUGAUGCUGUUGAUCAAUGACAAUGCUAAUAAUGACAUGAACACUGAACAUUGACAUGACUAUGCGUGCCUUGUUUCUGAAACAGGACCAAUUUUAUACAUGUUUUUAACAGUUAUAAACGUUCAAUAAAAAUGCGCUCGAGUCAGGUCCCA